AUGGUAUCGUCAUCGUCUACAGCAGGCCCUUCAUCAAGUUCGCGUCGACGAGACGAAGCGCAACAGCAGAGGCGUCAAUCGGCUUCUUCCGCAUCCACCCGUCGUUCUCACCAUCAUAAUCAAAGACGGCAACAUGACGCGUAUUCUGCUUGUGGGAGCCGCCAGGAAGUCGAUUCUUCCUUUGAAGAAGAAUGCAACGACAGCCGCUAUCAUGAUGACGACGCGGAUCCACUGGGAGAUUCUUCUUCUGUGGUAGAAGGACCCAUCUUUCCACCCACUUGCCAGGUAUCUCAACGAAGACGACGCACUGGCGCGGCAAGCGUUUCCACGGCCGGAAUGGUCCCUUCUCGCUUGAUGGAAGCAUUCUCCUGUCUUUGCAUUGGGACUACCAUAGGAGGAGCACCUGCUGAUUAUGUGGAGACACAAGAAGAACAAUUGGCACACCGUCCAGCACAUCAUGGCUAUUACAACCAACGUGAUCGGCAGUAUCAACAUCAAGGAGGAAGGAAAGGGGCAACUAGUACAGCCACCACGCACGUCACUGGACAUCUUUGGCCACAGGUUUCAUCGUCGUCGUCUUCGUCGUCCUCUCAAGCAACUCCACCGCCGGCUAUCCUUCACAGUGGCAGCGGCAGCAGCAGUAGCGAUGGCAGCAGCAGGCAUUACGAGGCACCUUCCGCAAUGUUUGCCUAUCCAGAUGGUAGUACGACCAAGAAACUGGUAGUCCCAACUACGUAUGUUACCGAUCGCAGGACUGGACACUUGGUCAAACGACACACCCAACCACGACGUCAAGGCCAUCAGAAACGUCCAUGCCGCAGUAGUUAUGUCUUUCGACCCGUUACUCUGGCAGAACUACAGCAGAGCAUUGACAUGGCCAACAGUAGGAGUCGCAGUCACAAUAACCAUCAUCACACGAACAGUACGACACGGACCAGGAGCAAUACCACACAGGAGUCUCUCGAUAGCAUCUAUACCGUCCGUUUGCCGGAGGAAGAACCGAGGUACUUUGACCUUUAA